GAUGAAUAAGCACUAAUACAACUUUUUUUUUUUCGUAGUUGCUGCAGAUCUCCUGCAAUCAAAGGCCUCGUUCACUUUUUGCUCCUCCGCGACGGUCCCCUCGAGUUAGUUUACCCCAUGUGGAAACGCAACUGAAUAUGCAUCAAUACAGCGGCCUUUUUGAUUUCGACUCGUCGGAUCGACAGAAGGCCGUAGAUUCAUCUGCAGAUUCGACAAUCUCUCAUUCUUCGAAUACCCGGACAAAUGGCUCCUCAACCCUUACGAACGGUGAUUCGUUGACAACUGAAUGGUCCUCGGCCGUCGGUCACGCAGCCACGGGCAAGUCUGGCCGUGUCAUACAUAAUCUACAGGAGGAAAUUGCUCGCCUGACGCGAGAAUGCAGUGUCUAUCGUUCCCGAGCAGAAGAAACACAGCGGACGAAUGAUGCCUUCAAGACCCAGGUACAAAACAUGACGGAACGUCUCCGGAAUCUGGAACAGGCACAUGAGACGAACCUGCAUUCGAUCUCCCGAAAGGAUAAGAAGAUCGAGGAGUUACGCGCAGAGGUCCAGAGCGAAAAGGAGAGACGACAGCGGGCAGAGGCGGAGACUAACAAAUUCCAUCAACUGAUGGAUGAGACCCGGGAUGAUUUUAAUCGGAAAUGCGCGGAGUUGCAGGAGGUUACCAACCAUGCCCGGACACAGUAUGACGUACUCGCCAAAGCUGGACAACGUGAGCGAGCAGACCAACAAAGGAAGUUGAAAGCAAUUCGAGAUGAGAUCGAUACUAUCAAGUCCCGACAAGAAGAGAAGAGCUUGCACCUCGAGCGCUUGGAUGCUGUUAUGGCGCAGAAGAACCGUGAAAUUGAGAUUGGCAGAGAUAAUUUCGACAAGCUCUUUGAGACAUACGAGUCUUACAAAAGAGCCCAUGACGAGGAAGUACACACUCUUGUCGAAAAGGGUCGUCAGGGCAAUGCCAAGCUUGACGCGGCUUUGGCUUCAUUGAAGGAAACUGAAGGACAGAUGAAAUGGGUCAUUCAGGUCAAAAACGAGGUCAAAGGUGCUAAAUAAAGGUGGAUAUUUAGAGCUUCUGGUGCACCAAUUUGUGGCUUUCUCCUUAUGAGCAGGCAGCUAACGCUGGUCGUGAACGCCUGAGCGGAUGGCAGUAAUCUUUCUAUCACUAUGCUGAGGGUCAUCCUAGCAUAAACUGACCACCUCCCUAUUCAUCAGGAGGCCUUAACAGCUCCCCUGGGUGUGUAUCCUAGGCUGUUCUUCUCUUAGACUUGUCUAUAUCUCCUGCUGUCCUCCAAACGCAUUUACACUCUAAUUUCCGGUGAAUUUUUCCGGGCUCAACUGCUGUUAUCUGGAGUUUGGGAUUGUUUGAUACCCUGGGAGAAAUACUUUGCCAUAUCACCUGUUUGUUAGAUCAUAUUCACCUUACAAAGAUGGCUGCAAUGACUAGACUUUGAUAGAUAUCGUCCAACAUGCAUAUACAGGAAUCCAAACAUGGUGAUAAGUUUGUCAAUUCAC